CGAAAGCGUGUGUGAGAUUGUCAGAGGAAGGAACUGAAUUUCUGAUGCGUCAAUGAUUGUCAGUGUUGUUAUUGAUCUUUAGCGUGGGGAGACGGUUUCGCAGGCUGUUUGCUGGACCUGGCUUCAACACAAGAGACUUGAAAGCAACUCUGUCAUGUUUACCUUGAAUUGAUGCGCAAUUUAGCGCAUGUUUUUAUCAGCAAGUUCAGAUAGCCGUUGAUAAAGGAGACAAUGUAACCAAUUACCACGAGGUCUUCAAAGUCUGAUGAUAAAAAAAGCAAAGUCUAACUAAACCAGUGUUAAUGUGAUAAUAAUCAUUACACAAUUCGAUAUUUAGAAAAACAUCGAGUGUUUUGAUAUACAGACAAUGUCAGGGAGCACUGGAAAACAGCACGAUGGUACCGCACACGAAGACCUUAAAGACCAAUCUUUGAAAAUCUGUAUCGAGAUUGGUCUUUCAGCAAUGGACAAGCUAUACGUUCCCAUCGACAAUACCACGACAGUAAGAGAUUUAAAAUGUGAAAUAGAGUUCUUAAGUGGUAUUCCGUCGGAUUUGUUCGAGUUGGACCACAAUGGUUCAGUCUUGACUGAAAGUCUGGUCCCUAUGAUGAGCAAAUUUGAAGGUCUAAGAGCGGUAGGAAAGGUGAAAUUGAAGAUUUUACCAGUUUGGGAACGGUUCAUCUCCACGUGCUUAAAGGCGGAGAAUUCUCAAGUGCGAGCAAGAAUCCGUGUCAAAAUGCACGGGGUUACUAAAGAGGAAAGAAUCUUCGUAGCGUGUUUCGUUGCAGCAAGGAAAGCCAAUAGUUGCCUCUUGUUUGGUAUUCUUCCGUCGAAUAAGAUGAUUACAAGAACAGUGCGAUUGUCUGGGAGGAAUAUUCUGCACGCUGCGGUCAUCGGCGGCAAAACAAACUGUAUUGCAAAUAUUUUGAUGCAUGGAGGUGGGAAACUCAUGAACAUGGAAGAUAUUCACAAUCAGACGCCUUUGUCCAUGGCAAGGACACUUAGUAAAGGUGAUAUAGUUGAUAUGCUGGAAGCAUACAAGAUGGUAAGCCUGCGGGGUGAGAGAUCUUUGAAGGGUACGAAUGAUGAUGAUAGUGGAUAUGGGUGUAUUAUCACAAGUCAAAGCCUUGAAGAAACAAAAGAAUCUUAUGAACAGGACAGCGAGGAAGAUUAUAAACUCUCUUCUGAUGGAGAAGAGGAGGACGAAACACAAAACGUACGGGGAGAGUCAGACGAAAUGUCUUCGAGUUUCUCAACAGAUAGACAUUUUCUGGACGAAUUUGCGGGUCACGACGAAUCAGCCGCGACCUCUAAUGACGUCACCACACGAUUCGACGGAUCUUCGGAGGAGAAGCUAUUAAUAGAACAAAUAAAAAACAGUGAGAAAAACGGAAGCAAAGAAUAUGAAAAGAAAACGACUUGUAAUAAAGACUCGUGGAUCAGUGGUGAUAAUAAACAAGCGAAUGAAAAGAUUACAUAUUUAUCGGAACAAGGCGAUGAAGACAAUUAUCUCGUACCCCGACAAGCAUCGCCGAGAGUGUGCUGUCAAGAGAGAGCAGACUAUAGUAAGACCGCCAAGACGAUGAACGUAAGAAAACGGGAAUCGGAAAAAGAGUACGAAGAGGGAAUCUUAUUUGGCAACGUGUUCAAGAAUAACGACAAUGGAAUGUUUCCUAAAAAAGAACAAGAAAAAGGACAACAUUUCCUCCCCAGCAAUGGCUACGCGUCUUUGAAGAAUAAUGACAAUAGAAUGUUUUCUAUUAAAGGACAAGAAAAGAUAUCAGAAAUCUCGACUAAAAUAGACCGGAAGAUAAAUGAAAAUCGAGACGAAGACGUUGGUAUGGUUACAGACAAGUGUAAGAACAAUGAUUCUAUUGAAUGGGUAAGUAAUGACUUGGAAAACCCUACUCAAAGACGAAGUCAUACACGUAAUGGGAAAAUGAUUUUCAAGAGUGAUGAACCACAGGCAACAGCUGUCCUGAAUGAAAAUAAGCAACCAGGCGACACGGUCAACAAGGGGAACCGACUGAUUGAAGAUCAACCCGAAAGUGCCAAGUCUGGAGGGAGUUUACUUCUAAGACGACGUAAAAAAGGGAUGCCUUCAUUGGUUGUUUCUAGAACAUCGAGUGGUUUGAGUUCUUCCUUCGAGACUUUCAAUUUAUUAGAUUCUAUGGGAAAGAAUAUCGAUAACGAUCACAUCGCUGUGAAUCAUUCUGAAGAAACCUGUGUGAAUAGUACUGAUGACAAACAAGUGUGCGCACCUAUUAUCAAAGGACCUUGGAUCCCUAAACCACCCUCAAACCUUAUUCCGAUUGCUAAGACUAUGCAGCAAAUGAGGAGACGGAAGUUCUCGAUCGGCUCACCGACCAGCGGUUCUCCUAAGUUUAAUUCAAGAAGCGACAUGGAAGGUUACUUGGAUGAGGCCUGGAGACGAGCUAGUGAUUCUGACGUCAAUGAAAGUUUACCAGUUCCACUGACACGACCUCGAUCGUACUCCACCCCCCACCCACCCGACCCUUUUGACAUUUCUAAACCUAUGACAUCAUCCGAACUCAAAAGCUUUAAGAGCUUGAAUGCCCCAGCGACAAACAUUCCAAAUCGAAGACAGUCAGUAGGAGGGUGGGGACGAAGAAAUUCGAUCUCUUUGACUUAUGACGAGUGGCUUGAGACAAAAAAAGAGCAACACAGAAAGAACUCCUUGGCCGUUCAGAAAGAGAACCAACGACGUUUGUCGUUGGGAAAUCAAUCGACCUUGCGACUCUCUAGGUACAUUAACUACGAGCAGUGGCUGGCCAUGAAGACCGUGGUACCAGAAAGAAAAGCCUCCCAAGAUCUCACAAAUAAUUGCCAUGGCAACGAGAGAUCUCGUGAGGAGUCCGAGAGAGCCUUUAAGACUUGGCUGCAGAAAAAAGACGAGGAAGCCCUGGAGAGAGAACUACGAUUAUUGGACGAGGCAAUUUCGAGAAGGACAAGUGAUACGAAAAAGGAGGAUAUUCUCUAACAGCUUACUUCAGCUUUCUUAAAAAAAGUUCUGAACACUGAAGUACAAAUUAAAUGACAAAGUGGUAUUUCGUUCAUCAUAAAUACUGAAAUAAACUUUUUAUAGCUUUAAGAGUUAUAAACCAACACGAAUAGCUAAGAUAAUACAAAAUGAAACCGCUUUUUUUUUGCUUCAUUUUAUCGAUAGCGCAAAGGAGUUUUCAUUAGAUUCCGUAUGACUGGGAACAUUAAGGUGCACGGCACGGCACGGCAUUGAUCGAAAUGCUAACGGCGCGGUCAUGGCACGGUACGGUAUCAUUCUCUGAACCAAUCAAAGCGCGCGAGAUCAUUGCCUAUCCGACCAAAAUGGCGCGGUCAUGAUACGGCACGGUAUUAACGUGUUUCUGUGAUCCAAUCACGACGCGCGAACUCAUUGCCCAUCCAGCCAAAAUGCUAAUGAUGUUACGUAUGGUUUUCAUAUCUUUUUCAAAAGUUCUUUACUUUAGUAUAGAUACAUUCUUUCACAUCAAAAAGGAAAAUUGCCUUGAAAACUUAUAUCUUAGGUCUUUAUUCUAAUGAGCUACUGACAUUAUGGAACGGUCAAUGUACAGGGGGCCCCGUGUACGCGAAGCUAGUAGAGAGAUAAAAGUUGAAACUGCUCCAACCCGUAAAAUCGUCUGUUAAUCAUACUUAACUUUGUAAUUCUGUAAACUGUGUAGAUUCACCAGAUAGAGAUUAAAUAAGUGUCAAAAAAUUA